AUGUCAAUGGUAUUGAAGAGUAACAUUAUACUCUUCCUUAGCCAAGGGGCGAGGAUACGUGCCAGUGGUAAUGUGAGCGACUACGACGCGAAACGAUUGCACCUGAUCUACGCCGAUAGCGGAAGGAAUAUCACAAUCGCCGGCUACGGAGUGAUUGAUGGUAACGCCCCCGCAUUCUUCACCGAAUUGGAGCCGAACGCGAUACGACUCAGCCCACUAAUAGAGCUACGGAAUAUACAGCAUCUAAUGGUAGGUGGUAUCACCAUCGAAUCGGCUCCUGGAUGGACUCUACGGCCCAAAAACUGCGAAUAUGUGGAGAUAUCGAAGAUAAUGAUCCUCAAUGACAGGAAAUACGUUAAUACAGACGGCAUUGACCCAGAUUCUAGCUCUCACGUUCGAAUCACCGACUGCUUCAUCUCCGCGGGAGACGAUGCCGUUGUCAUCAAAUCGUCAGACUAUGGGGGGCCUCCCGGAGAUGUAGUUAACGUGACUGUCGCCAAUUGUACGCUUAUCAGUUCCGCUUCGGCGCUAAAAAUCGGGACCGAAACCUUUGGCAAUUUCAAGAAUAUCCACUUUUCCGAUGUGAAUAUAUGCAACUCACGCACAGGGAUUGCGAUUAUGGCCAAAGACGGUGGAAAGGUCGAGAAGGUCACCUUCGAGCGCAUCUCCAUGCAUACGGAACCGAAGUGGGGCGUAGGGGUGGAAUGGCCUAUACUGAUUGACGUAGAGCGUCGGUACUCUCACUCAGAGAUCAGUUUGGUGCGCGACGUUGUACUGGAGAAUAUCAUAGUCAACACGAAGGGGCGGGUAUACAUCACCGGAAUGACUAAUAAGUACUCUAUGAAGACAGUCAGCCUCAGAAACGUAUUAAUCACGUACAACGGCGUCGAAGACCGCUCCGAGGCGACUAUGCUCAGUGGCACAGACGAGAUCAAUCAAGAUUUGGCCCAAGUGGACUAUGGGACUAUGGACACGGCCCUGCUGGUAGCAGAUGCCAGCGUAGUGGACCUGGAUGUUAUCAUCGACUGGUCAGCUGUGUAUGAGCAGGUAAAC